AUCACUUCGAGCACAUCAAAUUGCAGCAUGAACCACUCAGUUGAGUUGUCUCCUUCAAAGGAGUUUGAUGGCAGCAUAGCAGUGGCGUGUGUGAUCCUCGGUUUGUCCUUCCUGGUUGGAGCUCCCGGGAACGUGCUGGUGAUCUGGACCAUCCUGAGACACGUCAAGCAGCGCUCCCAUACUGUGGUGAUCAUUCUGCACUUGGCUGUUGCAGACCUGCUGGUUCUCAUCACCCUGCCUCUAUGGAUCUACUCUCUGGCUCACACUUGGGUGUUUGGAGCGGUAUUGUGCAAAACCAUAGUGUACACUGUGACUGUGUGCAUGUUCGGCAGCAUCUUCUUGAUCACUUUUAUGAGCGUGGAGCGCUUUCUUGCCAUUUGUCAUCCAUUUCUGAUGAUGCGCUGGAAGACAAAAAGCAAUUUAAAAAUAUAUCUUGUACUUUUGUGGCUGCUUGCUUUCCUUCUAGGAGUGCCUGCCUUAACACAGAAUCUGGAAAACACUGAUGGAAAUGUGCAAUGUUUCACCAGGGAAUUAAACUCUGACACCAACACAAUUAUCAUCCUUUGCCUAGAAACCUUGUUGGGCUUUAUAGUUCCUUUCAUUGUUCUAUGUAUCUGCUACUGUCUAGUAGCUGCACAGAUCAAGAAGAUGAGUUUCAAUUCAAAAGAGAAAUCCAUGGUUCUCAUCCAUUCUGUAGUGAUUGCUUUCACAGUGUGCUGGUUGCCUUACCACGUUAUCAACAUUAUUGAUCUGAUUUGUAUCUUAAGCUGGCCAGACACUGAUGACAACUGUGUAUCAAAGCCUAUCAUCUUCAUAGCUGGUGCCCUGGUUUUCAUCAGUAGUUCGGUAAAUCCUGUGUUAUAUGCCUUCUUUGCAAAGAACUUACAAGGGACUCUUCCAGACUCCCGACUGGUGAGGCUAUUUAAGGAAAUAGCCACUAACACAAACAAAGUGAGGGAGCUGGCAGUGCAACAGCAGACAGACCAGAGGGCAGCAAGUACACAGGAAGAGGUGCUAUCUGACUCUGUGUGUGAAAGACUGUGA